GGAAUUUAUGGUAAUUAUCAAGGAUUCAAUCAUUCACCCUCUCAUAUAACAGGGCUCCAUUUUCUCCCUCCCUCCUUAACCCCUGACAUAAUAUUAUAAUAAUAAUAAUAAACAGAAGCUAUCUCUAUCUCUCUCUAACCCAUCUUUUUGGUCUCUGUUUUUGACUUGGACUCUCUUCUACAACUCUGCUAAAAGAAAACUCAAUUCAUUAUUUUCUUCUUCUCUUCUCUUCUUCUUUCCACUUCCAUUCUCAGAGGCUAACCUGCGCCACGUACUCCGGCUCGGCGAUGGGCGUACUGCGCCACCGCCAACACCACCAACGACAUUACAAUAACUACCACCAGUGUCGUUUUCUAAGGCUUUCUACUAUUACGGCGCUUACCUUUCUUUUGUUCGCUUCUGCGUCAGCUCUCGUACCGACACAGGUCAUCGGUGGGCAAGGAAUUAGAAGAAGUAUUACUACUACUAGUAGUAGUACAAUUGUUAAAAAGAGUGGAGUUUUGGAACCAGAGAAGAGACUGGCCGGACCGGGUUCAUCUCCGCCGACAUGUAGAUCGAAAUGUGGGAGGUGUUCGCCUUGUAAACCGGUUCAUGUACCGAUUCAACCCGGUCUGAGUUUUCCUCUCGAGUAUUAUCCUGAAGCUUGGAGAUGCAAGUGUGGCAACAACCUUUUUAUGCCGUAAAAAAUAAAUAAAUAAAAUAGAAGAUUUUUUUAAGUUAUAUAUUAAAAGCAAGCUACAAAGGUUUAAGCUUUUAGCUCUGAGCUAAGCUAACACAGUGAUGAGAAACAGAGGUGAAUGAUCUUCUUCUUUGGGUUGAAACUCUUGUCAGUAAUUAUUAAAAGCAUUUUUAGUAUUUAAUCAUCAUGAACUUCAUUAUUAAUGUUGAGUUUUUUUUAAUGAUAUAUAUAUAUUGAUGAUGAUUCAAUGUGGGAGACAAGUUAGAACUUUGGGAAUGUAAGAUUUUUUUAGGUGAGAUUAUCGAGAGGUAUAUAUAUAUUUUAUAUGUAAAUGUAUAUGUAUAUUGUAUGUAUGUCUCUCUAAUAAUUUCUGUGUUAAUUUUUUAUAUAAAUAUUAUUUGUUUUAGGUAUUGUUUUUAUUA